AGGAGAAGAGUCCAAAACCAUAAAAAAACUAGCCAAAGAUUCAUCAUUAUUAAUCACCAUCCGUCCAUUCGUAAUCCAUGAUGAUGAUGGCGAUCAUCGUCGUCGUCGCUAUCGGUAUGUGCCACAGAAACAACCCUUUAACAAAGGUUGGCAUUUGGAUUGGGUGAGGGUAGUUGAUGAGAAGGUUACCAUCGAUUGCCACACACAUUCCAAUUCCACACGCAAUUACGUUUGGUUUUCAGUUAAUUUUCAGAACGACAAUAAAAUAAUAUUCUUGCUGUUGAAUAAUUAGGAUUGGUGUGGGGCCAAGUCUAAUAUAAUAAGAAAAUUGGCACUCUUUCUUUCUGCUCUGCUAUGCUACAACCACUGAAGCUUGGAGCGGUGUUACAGUGACAGUGGCGAGUUUUAGAGUGAGAGUGAGAAAUGGGUCUGAUUUCUAACAGAGUGGAGAGACACGAGAUCAAGCCUGGCGACCAUAUCUACACCUACAGAGCUGUUUUCACUUAUUCUCAUCAUGGCAUUUUUGUUGGGGGAAGCAAGGUUGUACAUUUCAGACCUGAAAGAAACUUAAAGUCAAUUGCUGAGACAUCAUCAAACUUGGAUGAUCCAACAUCCAACCCAUGUCCAACCUUUCCUGACUGUGGAUUCAGACAGCCAAACAGUGGCGUAGUUCUUUCUUGCUUGGACUGCUUCCUUCGAAAUGGAUCUCUUUACUGUUUUGAGUAUGAAGUUUCACCAUCUGUUUUCCUCACCAAAAUAAGGGGUGGCACAUGCACUACUGCAUCAUCUGACCCAUCAGAGACUGUUAUCCAUCGAGCAAUGUAUCUUCUUCAAAACGGCUUUGGUAAUUAUGAUGUUUUUAAGAACAACUGUGAGGAUUUUGCCCUGUACUGCAAAACAGGUCUUUUGAUACAAGAUAGGCAAGGGGUUGGAAGAAGUGGCCAAGCUUCUUCUAUCAUCGGUGCCCCAUUGGCUGCAAUGAUUUCUUCUCCCCUCAAGUUACUAAUGCCAAGUCCUGUUGGUGUUGCUACUGUAACAGCAGGAAUGUACUGCAUGAGCAGAUAUGCGACUGACAUUGGUGUCAGAAGUGAUGUGAUUAAGGUUCCGGUCGAAGAUUUGGCUGUGAACCUUGGAUGGAAUUGUCCUGAGGAGGAGGUCGCUGAAAAUGAAACUUCAGACGGACAGAUCAUUACCAGAUGAUUUAGCAUUGCACUUCAAACGAAACUGCUUCGUGUCUCACUGUUACUUGAUACACCAGUUCAUAGCAGAUGUGUCUUCAUGCAUGUUACAUCUUCUGUAAGACAAGACUCAAUGGUUUCUUUCUCAUUCCUUGCCGUCAUUGGUGUCUGUCUAGUUAUUCAAGUUGUGCAUGGGAUGAAAUUGCAAUAAUAUUAAUUACAGUAGUAACUAUAAUCUGAUGUGUUCCUUUGGAUAAUUUUUCUCUUGAUUGACCAUAAUGCAACAUUUACCUACAAUAGUGAUUGAA